UUUGUGAAUCAAGAAACAAAGAGACCUUUAGAAGAUGAAAAGAACUCCGAAAAAGACAAACCAGCGCUGAAAAUAGACGAAGAAGGAGUAUUUUCCACAAAAUCGACCGGAGAAAACAUGCUUCAUAACAAAAAAGAUGGUAUUUAUAUCCACUGUCAUCCAAAUGGAAUCACUGGCGGUAUCCCUGAAAACCAUCAACUAAAGGAUAUGGUAUGUGAUUCUCAAGACAGCGUGAACCGAUUCAAAGGACAGGAGAGCCAGAAAGCUCUUUCGAAGGGUACGUGAUUUUAAACUAAUAUGAUUUUAGCAUAGAAGCUUUUCAUUGAUAUAUUUUGUGAAUAAUUUAUACAUUUCUUUUUAUACAACAGUAAUGGUAUUUUCAUAACAAGGUACAUUUGUUUUUUGUGCUCCUUAUUUGGGGUUGUACUCUAUAUCAUCGUUUGAUACAAAAUUUCUCUUCUCUGUUUUGGGAUAGAGGACAAUUGUUUUAGUACGCUAGAGGAAUCAAGGCUGGAGAAAAUCGAAAUGACCAAUGGAUCUGAUAAAAUCAUCAGUAGUUUACCCACGCCAACCAUAACACAAUCUGCCGAUAAACUAAGCCCUAGUAUCCAAGAAGCUGCAGGUAAAUUGAGCCUUUGCAGCAACUAUGCAGAUACUGCUAUUGUUACCUUUUCGUCCGCACCAGUGGGUUCGAACUCAACAAUGCCACAAAAUGACGAUUUGCCGCCAAUCCAACAACAUGGUGAAACAACAGAGACGAGUAACGCAGAUGAAAUCGCAGCUGUAAGAUCAGAGGAGAUGGCCCAAAAAUGUGAGUAGGCCCAGGAAACAAAUUUGAAAAAAAUGAUUUGCUGCCAGCCUUUGGUUAUUUGAAGCUAGUUUCAUCGCUGAAAUUCUGCAGUCUUCUUCCAGAAUGUUUCAAACGUUGAUGGGUCGAGAAGAGGAAAAGGGCUUAUUAAUACAUUAAAACUGCACACUAUAUAGACCACAGUCUAACUUGACUAUCAAAUGAGAAUAGAGUGACAACUGAUAACAUGGUAGAUGCUGUAAUGUAGUUUAAAGUGUAUCUUCUGAUUAUGGCCGACUCAGGAAGAAAAAAAUAACUCCUUACCUUUAAAGCGAUGGCUCAUUGUGUUAAACAUGAAGAGAGCUAUCCGUCCAAAGUAUCUAUUUCAGUUUCUCGGCACGGUGGCUCGCCCGCGUUAUCGACAUCCAGGUAUUGUGUCAAUAAAAACAAACUUUGGGUAGAUUCUAAUUUCUCUCUAAUGCAAGCUUUGCCCGAGAUACCCGUCGGGCGGUAAAGAGUAUUUAUUGGAAGAAAGAUGAUGCAUGACACGAUUGCUUAACUCUUACAAUUCUUUUUCUUCUUUGCUCCAGGUAAACGGAGGAAAUUCGGAGCUAAAGUAGAGGAUGAUUUCUUCUAUCAACAAGGCUCUGUUUUAGAUGGUCAUGAAGACAGAGAGGUAGAAUUUAAGUCUCUAGCAGGUGCCAGCCCUUGGUCACUCAGAUGGAAAGUAAUGGAGAAGGCAAAAAAGUUCAUUUGUGGCUGCUUAAAUGCUGAUAGGAAAGGUAUAAUAUAUUUUGGAGUGGGAGACUCUCAAGAACAAGGCUCGAAGUUCCAACAUGGAGAAAUUAUUGGACUUAACGUUGAGAAAAUGAAAGACGAUAUCAUAACAGCCUUCCAAGAUGUUCUUGACCACCACAUAAAAAGCGAAGAUAGGCCGCUUCAGAAAGGCGGGGAACAAAAUUGUAUCAAUAUCUACUUCAUCCCUGUUAAGAGCACGGAGAAUUCAAUUGAUCUUUAUGUCAUAGAAAUCGAGGUGGCUCGAAACUUUCUUCAUUGUAAAGAAAAUGUAUACUACUACAAAGUUUGGAGCGAAAAGAGAGAGAGCAGGGACUGCACUGGCAAAACGGGCUUGCGAGACUUUUUCAAAGUAAAAGACGAGUGUGUGGAAGCUGCAAUUCGUACCAACGGCGCAUCUUGCUGUGUUAAGCCAAAUGAAGUGAAAUGGCAAAUACGAGACCCCUUGACUAAAAAGUACAAGGAAUGGAAACGGGAUAUCAAAUCUGGUACGCAAGUUAUUUCUUGAGAUAGCCUGAGAUAGUUAAAAAAAAAAGACAAAAAAAGCUACAAAUCUUAUCCGAGACCCGCAAUCUGUUGAUCGGAUAGCGGUUGUUAUCAUCACUAUGUAAGCAAUGGUAAAGGACAGCGGUUUGUAGCAGUAGUUAACGUUUUCCGAUGAUCAGAUUGUGGUCUGCAAAAGUACAGUCCAUCAUUUAACUUGUUUCAUUCUUCUCCUUUCAGGAGUCAGUGGUUUAACUUCUGAUGGUAAGUGGCUUCGCCUAAACACCUGUAGUAACAUUUGGCUUCGUGCAUAAAUGAUUUUAAAUCUGCCACUUUGAGACUCAGUUAAAAGUAGUCUUGCAAAAGUGUUCUUUGUUCGUUUUCGAACUUAGGAAGUGCAUGACUCUUUAUUGCAGGAUACAGCGCACAAAGUGCAAAAGUGCCAUUGUUUGUGCACUAGUUUGUAAAUGUAAUUUACUUCAAUCGCUAAGAAAAGAAUGAAUCAAAAAUUAUCAUCAGUUGCGCUUGUUACCUUUGAAAUCAGUUUUUAGGUCCUCAUACUUAUUUCUGUGGAUACCCGUCAGUUGCGAAAAUUGCUCAUAAGACCAUGUACCCCCUUAAGUUGAUAUUGUAUCAGCCCCCCCCCCCAAAAAAAAAAACACACACACACACACACGCACAUAUAUAUAUAUAUAUAUAUAUAUAUAUAUAUAAUAUUAUGAGAGGAAAAAAGGACGCAACUACAUUUUGUUGUUACAUUUCGUACAAAUGUAGUUGCGUCCUUUUUUCCUCUCAUAAUAUUUAUUCUGCUCUGCUUCAACGUAUUGAGCACUGUUCCACGCGAAAAUCGACUUGCAGACUUCCUAUAUAUAUGUAUAUAUAUAUAUAUAUAUAUAUAUAUAUAUAUAUAUAUAUAUAUAUAUAAUAAACAAAUAAAGAUUUUUUUGAACAAAAAUGCCGCAAUAAUCGAUUUCAGGUCUGAACACUAAUGAUGGUGACCUCCAGAAGUUCAGCACGAUAGUCAGAGAGCGUUUACGUGACCUUAAUUUUCAAGAGUAUCACUAUAUUCUUGUUGCCAACAAGCUGCCUCCAGAGCACAGAAGGACUUCAAAGUUAUCCUUUUUGCAAAACAUUCCUUGGGUGGCCGUAUUCGAUCUGUUCGAUGCUACCUCAAAAGAAGAUGGCUUAUACUUCUCUUGCAACGAGGUGGGAGACGGCGCGCGUGCAAACGUCAAGACCCUCCACGACUUUAAGGAUGUGUCCCCAAGUUCCAUUGGUGACAAGGAUUGUCCCCUUUCGUUGAGAUGGACCACGUGGAUUUUAAAACAGCCAGAUAGAAUGGAAGAGGAAGACUGGAUCACAUGUUCAAAAGACUGCUUGUACCGAGCCCUAACUGCCUAUAAGCAGAGUUUUCCCUCUGGACGACUGAUAUUUGUUUUUCUUGGAUUUGCAGAAAAUGCCGUUCUCGAAAUGUCGGAUAUCGCAGAAAGCUGCUUCAGCAUACUUGGUGAGGAGAUUGCUAGCAAAUCUGUCACCAUUAUAAGCGAAAACAAACUGGUUGCUGAUGCUUUUAUCAAGGCUUCAAGGUCGCCUCUGGUGAGAAAACAACUUAGAGAAUGUUCCAUCACCGGGAUAUCGUGGGAUCUACUAAAAGAAAUUGUUAAAGAGAUGGUCGGGCCUCUUGAGUUUCAAGAAAAAGGUGCUACCACAAAGCUUCCCCAUAUCACUGGCCUUAAAGAUAUUCUCAACAAAGUUAUCAACUCCUGGGUUGAUCUUGAAGUCUACUAUCCCGAGCCUCAGGAUCGAUUGCCUCGUUUGUCUGAGGACAUCGAAAAAGUGAGAGAUGCCUUUUACAAAGGUGGCCAGUGUAACCAAGUAAAUCUGUUUUAUGACCACAGCAUCGAGAGGACCUUAGAGGAGGAAAUAACUCGAAAGAUUGACCAAGCCCUAAAUUCCCUUAGAGAAGCAAGAGGUGAUCGUAAUUGCUACGUUCAGACUGUGACUGUCCCCUACGAACCGGGAUCUGGUGCAACGACUCUGUGUCGGAGAAUUUUGUGGAAAAAGCGGAAGGUUUUCCGUUGUGCAGUUGUCAAGGCUAUCACAGCAAGUACCGAGUUUCAAAUCAGAGAACUUCAAAGUAAAGGUUACGAAAAGAUGAAAUGUAAUUAUUCACCUCCGGCUCUGGUACUUAUCGACAAUUUUCCUCAGAUCGACACUCAACGUUUGUCGAAGGUUCUAACAUCAAUGGAGACAAAAUGUGUCAUACUCUCCACCGUUCCCAUUGAAGAGUCAGUCCCUGAUUCAGAUUUUGAAAUUACGCCCCUGAAACAACUGGAUGAGACAGAAAUGCAGCUUGUGAAGAACAUCUUGAUUAAUAUCACAAAAGAUAGCGAGAAGAGGAAGAAUUGCGAAGAAGUCCUUGAGCGCGAAAAGCGAUUUAUUUGGUUUGGGUUGGAGCUUUUUGGAAGAGAUUACGACAAAAUAGAGGAACGGCUCAAGAAUCACGUCAAUAGUACUUUGGCUAUCCUGGGAAGUUCCCGUUCAGUACACGAAAAGGUCCUCAACUUCUGCUGCUUUCUUCACUACUACAGUACUAGUCGCUAUAUCCUGCCCCAUCCCCUUGUGGUUGAUUUGCUUAUCAAAGAGAGCAAUGAUGGCGAGGAAAAGCAUCAAAGAAAAGAUCUCAUUCAUGACCUUUUUGGAGGACUUCUCCUUCAAGGAUUCGACGAUACCCAUGGGUAUAACGGUUGGCAACCUGCACAUUACCUCGUAAGUGAAGUUGUCAAGUCAAGAAUGAAUGUUGAAGUUAUUGCUCUUCUACUUUUGGAAAACGCAGAGGGAGGAAUGGCCUAUGUGAACAAAUUUUUGAGACAGCAGCUAUUUCAGAUUUUCUUAAGUCGGAAGAGAAUUUCCGAACCAGUUUGCCUUUCGCAAAUAGGAGGAACAGAUGACGACAUUAUUGGUUCAGAUAUUGAAACUGAUCUCUUCGGGUUUUAUGAAGUUCGCACGAGGUACUCCCCCUUGAUAUUAGACAUACAGGGACAAGAUGAUGGCAAUCGAAAAACUUUAGAAUUUCUUACUACGACCUGCCAGAAGGCCAACCAAACUGAGUAUAAAGCAUACGCCUGGCAACAGCUGGCAAGAUUCAUGGGCUAUGAGAUGCGGUCUGAAGAACUUAAAAGAACCGAUAACCUGCAUGAGCUCCUUUACAGUGUCAUGGAAGAAAGUAAAGUGGGAGACGUCAGAUUAUCUAGACCCAACACUGGCAUUGAAGCAGCGCACAUUGCAGUUGAUAUUUCUAUCAACCAGCAACCAAGCUACAGUCAUCAUUAUGUGACAAAAGGCGUUCUCUACGUCUUACAACUGAGAGAUUACAACGAUCAAGAUGGUAAAAAUCUCGUGUCUCACCUUCGCGAUGUCAUCUACACAUGUCGUAAGGCGCUGGAAGUGUAUGAUCAAGCAAUCAAAAUGAUGCUGUCCCCCAACUACUACUCAAUGAUCGGGAAAAUUCAAGUGAUCGUAUUGCUGUUAAAAAUUGUGAAGGGCUUACCAUGCUUUCUUCUCGACAGUGGCCUUUUUUCAAGUUAUUUAGAGAGUGUAGAGAUUCCUAAAGAGAUGGAAGAAGUACUUUUACCAGGUGACCACAACUACGUUCAGAGUCUUAGUCGGACAACUCUGGACCUACUGAACAAACUCUUUGGAGAUGUCAAAUACCGGCAGUUAACUACGUAUGAUGAUAAUGAAAUGAGUGUUAUAAGCAGUGCAAGAAUAAGAGCUUGCAAGUUGCGGCGACAAUUCUACGAGAUUACCGGAUUUGACAGAAGCAGGCUAGUGGAUGUUGAAUCGCCUUUGUCGCCAGACCUGAAAGACGCACCUGACCUCAUUCCUCAGAUAGUGCAAGAUACUCUUUUUAAGCGACGCGAGACAUCGUACAGUGGAUGGUCUAACCUUGAUGAUGAAGUAGUUUCGUCGAUUUAUCAUCUUCUUAAGCCAGUAUGCUUGAAGGAUCAUGGGAGUCACGAUGACAUAGUGAUUUUCUCGAGGGCCUGCCUUCGACUGCGAAAUGAGGAAAAACCCCCGGUGAAAGAGCUCGAUGAUGUUGUCCAAAACUGGGUACAAAGGUUUCCAGGCUCACAUUGGGCACACCUGUUCAAUUUCAUGAUCCAUUUUCCCAUACCGAAUGGCAGUUUGGCACCGUAUGAUCUUAAAACAUUAGCAUCUGUUAAAGAAUGUCGUCGGAUUGCUCAAGAGAAACCCAAUUGGAAAGUUCGGUAUUCGGGGGCUGAAUACUUCCUUGGAAAGGGAAAGGGCCUUUCCGCCAUUGUAAGUAGUCAAAGGUUCCCCACUCUGGAGAAUAAGUGGAAGACCAAGACUCAUUUCUGGAGAAGCAAAGAAGUCUCCGACGUACUCUUGCGUGUAAGAGGUCAAAAAGAAGCUAAGGGUAUCAUUAUUUAUCAUGGAAUAAAGCUUCGCUUUGACGAUAUGCUCUACCCGAAGACAAGCAGGGACAACUUAUGGUUUUAUGUUGGAUUUUCCGUGACUGGUCCCUAUGCAUUCGAUCCAAUAGACGAAGACACUUAUUCUGCUAUGAAUGGAAACUUGGAGGAGAAGAAGCAGAUGAAUGAGCUGUCGACAGGAGGAUCAAACGCCAAUCGUAAUAGUGUUUCUUUGACCGUUAAUCAAGAUGGCGACAAAACGACUGACUUAAAGGGCGGUGCGCGGAGAAAUUCAGUCUUGAUGAAGGAAGAACCUCGUGUUGUACUUACCAGCAUGCCCUCUAAGGCAAAAUCAGAAGUUUCUCCUGCGACGCUUCCGGGAGUUGCAGCUACAGAAUUUCAGAUUGUGUCCGCCGAAACAGCCUCACCUUCGUAUGCAACCGCCGUUAAAUACGGGGUAGAUAAAGGAGGACCGGAAUCAGCAAGAUGUCAAACCAAUCCAUCCGUGGCUGAGCCGUCUAUGUCCCAAACAGUCAGCGGUGCGCGGAGAAAUUCAGUCUUGAUGAAGGAAGAACCUCGUGUUGUACUUACCAGCAUGCCCUCUAAGGCAAAAUCAGAAGCUUCUCCUGCGACGCUUCCGGGAGUUGCAGCUACAGAAUUUCAGAUUGUGUCCGCCGAAACAGCCUCACCUUCGUAUGCAACCGCCGUUAAAUACGGGGUAGAUAAAGGAGGACAGGAAUCAGCAAGAUGUCAAACCAAUCCAUCCGUGGCUGAGCCGUCUAUGUCCCAAACAGUCAGCAAACUUAAAACUGUCACGGGGAAACAGGGUCAAAAGAAGCGCAAAUUUCGGCCAAAGGAGAUUGAUCACAAAGGAAGGCUUCAUCAUGGGGCGUGGGUUCUUGGAGCGUUUAAAUCUAAGGAGUGCAACACUCAUACAAAUCCUAGUUCCCAGCUUCACGAUAUCGAUCGUUGCACGUUUGCUCAUUCGUGGCAGGGGGAUACUCGCCAGUUCAUAUGUACCGAGUGCACGCAGGAUGAGAGGAAAGUUUGCCGACAAAAAAAGGAACAUAAGCAAUUUAUAUGGGACUUAGGCCCCUAUCUUUACGAGGAUGGUAGGAUCUGGAAAGAAUCUUGCUCGUAA